CAUCAGGUGCAUAGUAUAAGUAGAGGUUCUCCUAUCCUUCAGUGGUCCAGAAGAAUAAGGAAGAUUCUCCUGCUAGAGAGCUAAGGAUUGGAAUGGAAGGCAAGAUGGACGAUAGCAACAAGUUGGCCCUAAUGUCCGAACCGCCUCCGGAUUACACAGAAUCUCCCAAGUCCGCUGACCUUUCUUGUGGGAAACUCUUGAUCCUGGUGAUGGCGGUCGUGGUUAUGGCUCUGGUGGUCCUGACUUUGCUGCUGGCAGGGCUGCACAUUACCGAGAAGCAUACUGAGGCGGUCCUGCAAAUGACCAUUCAACGCCCGGAUGGCAAAGGGUCCCCCCAGCACUUGGCCAUGAGCCAGAAGGAGAAACUGGCCAUAUUUCCCAUCCACAUGAAGCUCAACUCUUCAGCCACAGUGGUUUAUGAUUACAGCAAUCUGGUGAUCGGCUACCGAUCAUGGACAGGAAAGGCCUGCUACGUCAUCAGAAUGAACCAGAAGGAUAUCCAAAGUCUAGAUGCUGUCAUCAAGAUCUUCCAGGAUGUCCAGAAGCCCCCUCCCCUACUGCCCCUUGGACAGAGAGAGAAGCCAGUGGAAAACCUCUCAGCAGUGCCAGCUAAUCGUUCGAUGCUAGGAGCUGCCAUCAACCUUCUCUGCAGCUCCCUCUCCGUCUACUGGGCUUAACGGAGUCAGGAUAGAAGAGGCAGAGCGACAGCGGGAAAAUGAUGGACCACCAAAUGUCUAAGAAACGUCUCUGACCUCCAGGUCCUGGUUGCCCCAAGGGUGCUUUUUCAAGAGAGCUUUCUUUGUUUUUACUUGAAGACGUUACGCUUCUCAUCCAAGAAGC